UGCAAUAGACCGGUAAAUGUGCAAACGUACGCGUGUAUCAUCUACCGAAGGUACAAACCGUACUUCGCGUCAUCAGUCGACGACUGUUCGAGCUCGUUAGUGGUUCAGUUUUGCGAGCUCGUAGCGUUAUUGCGCUUUCGGCCGGUAUCGGCGAAGAUCAUCAUUUGCUAUUUGUUUACCGCGAGCAACUGCAGCACUGUGGAGCGGAUUGGCUCAACUACACCGGUUCAUGGUGAAAGUGAGGUUAAGUACGCGCAAACGCUUUGAUUGCCGCCAAUAGAGAUAGUUGGCUACUGUUUUAUGAGCUGCUGUACAGCGUUAGAGAAUAAAAAAGAAAGAUUGAAGUGAAGAACGAGAGAGAGAGAGAGAGUGGUGUUACGCGUAGAACAACUGGUGAACACUCUUCUGGUAGCAGAUAAUAAAACCCAUUGAUCUUCGCACGGUUCCACACACUAUCAGCCAGUAAUCCCAUCGAGUGGUCAAACCAAACAGAGCCACUGAGUGGCACGGAACGUUUUAACGAUAAGCGAACGGAAUAGUUCAGUUUAGUUAGUGCUGCAAACGGGAAGAUUUCGCAUCGUUCCAAGAAGAAUUUGUUUGUGGGCGAAACUCCCGCCUCCCUUAUGUGUGUCAAGAAUCACGAGAAAGUGUUACUGGAUGACCUUCGUUAACGUCCUGCAACCAUCAUUUGCUUAAGAGAAAGCAUACACACAAACACACACUUCAACAUUCAACGCAAACGAACGUUUGUUUGCCAUAACGCAUCAUGCUGGAUGCACUCAAGUUCUUCCUGUUUGUUAUCCUGCUGCUGGUGACGAUCAUGCUCAAUCAACACGUCACGUCGAAACGUUCCGCCGAGCUGGAUCUCGAGCUGCUGUGGCAGAUACAGGACACAAAGGAAGUGUACGUCAUACCGAAUCAAACGUUACCUUCGGGCGUGUACACGGCACUGGAGCACAGCAUGGUGAUCGGCUCACUGCUGGAGGACUACAACGAUGUCAACACGAGCUGGGUCGGUGAGACGGAUUGGAUUUACCGGACCAACCUGUCGUGUCUGGCGGAAGAGUAUCGGUACGUUCUGCUAACGUUUCACGGUGUGGAUACGUUUGCUAGUGUGUACCUUGGUGAUACACACCUUGGCUCAACUGAGAACAUGUUCGUCCGGUACCGGUACGACGUGAAGGAGUUGUGUGACGGAGAUACGCGGGAAUUACGGCUUCAGUUUCGGUCCCCAGUAGUUGAGGCGCGUCAGCGUGCCAAAGACCGUUCACUACCGAUCGUACCCACCUGUCCACCGAACAUGUACCAUGGUCAAUGUCAUGUCAAUCUUAUCCGUAAGAUGCAAGCCAGCUUCGCUUGGGACUGGGGCUUGGCAGCACCAUCGAUGGGUAUCUGGAAGCCGGUCCGGUUGGAGUAUUACAGCUCGGCGUUGAUCCGGGAUUUAACAGUGGCGACAGUCUUAAGCAAGGAGUCCCUUGAACAUUGGACGGUAUUCGUUGGUGUGUAUCUCGAGACGGGACUCGCCAGCGCUAAACUGAAAGGAGUUUUAGCGUUUAAGAUCAUUGGUGUACCGCUGGUAAAUGAAAGUGAGGAAACACUAGCGGUUGUGAACAAAACUGACGCGAACGGUGAGUUGUUGGUGGAGCAUCGUCUAACCGUACGCAAGGACUCGGUGGAACGAUGGUGGCCCAAUGGGUUCGGCAAACAGGCACUAUACAGUCUGUACGUACGCUGGGAGGAUGAUGCCGUCAACGGUGUUAAACUUGCGAAUCCGGAUACAAUGAUCUCGGAGAAGGUGAUCCGGAUUGGGUUCCGGACAGUGGAACUGAGGCAGGACCCAAAACCGGAUGGGUUGAUGUUUUACUUCAAGGUUAACGAUGUGCCAAUCUUUGCGAAGGGUUCCAACUGGAUACCCUCGUCGGUACUACCGGAGCGUUCGUACGACGUCAACUAUGUGAAGUUUCUGCUGUACGCCGCACGGGACGCACAUAUGAACAUGCUGCGGGUCUGGGGCGGUGGACUGUACGAGAGUGACCACUUUUACCGUAUGGCGGACGAGCUCGGUAUACUCAUCUGGCAUGAUCUCAUGUUCGCCUGCUCGAUGUACCCGACCGAUGCGGACUUUCUGCGCACGGUAAAGGACGAGGUGCGGCAGAACGUGCGCCGGAUCCAGCACCAUCCGAGUGUAGCGGUGUGGGCGACCAACAACGAGAACGAGGUCGCACUGCGACAGAACUGGUACAAAACGGACGCUAACUACACCGACUACUAUGAACAGUAUGUGGAGCUGUACGUCCGUACGGUAUUGCCGACGGUGGAACAGAACGAUAGAUGGCGCGAGGUGUUACUCUCCUCACCGUCCAACGGUUAUCAGUCGAUAAAGGAGCGUUACAUCGCCACCAACCCACAGGAUCCGUUAUACGGCGAUGUGCAUUACUACAACUACUUCCUGGAUGGGUGGAAUGCCGCACAGUAUCGGGGUGGGCGAUUCGUAUCGGAGUAUGGGUUUCAAUCGUUUCCCGCCUUCACCAGCUGGCCGGAGGCACGUAUUUACGGCCAUGCCGAACUGUCUCAGCUGAUCAAUCAUCGCCAACACAGCCCGCUCGGUAGUGAGCCCAUUCUGGAGAUGAUUCGCAAAAAUCUGCCACUUCCGACGGAUACGUCUAACGCUGAUUACUGGCCGGAACUGAUCUAUCUCAGCCAGCUGUCUCAGGCGAUGAUCGUGAAAACGGAAACGGAGGUGUACCGGGCACGGCGACUCGAACACGGCACAAUGGGUGCGCUCUACUGGCAGCUGAAUGACGUCUGGAUUGCACCGUCCUGGUCGUCGAUUGAGUACGGCGGCACGUUUAAGCUGCUGCACGUGUGGAUGCGCGACAUCUUCGCACCGGAACAUCUGAUCGCGUUCGUGAACGAGCGUCGGAAGUUGGAGGUGGUAGCCGUGCGGGAUACACUAGCACCCGCUGAGGAACUGUGGAAUGUGGAGAUGCGCAUCCAUCGGUACGGUAGCUUCCGGCCGGUCGAUCGCCACUACGAGAGUGUGCGGGUAACGGCCAACUCGAUCGGGCUCGUUACCCAGUGGGAUGUGUACGAGUAUCUGGCCAAGCGUGGUCUGCAUCCUGCCGACCAUCUGGUACUGCUGUACGCCUACCGUAACACAUCGAACCAGCACCAGUCCGAACUGGUCGCGGAAAACUUUGCCCUGCUGGAUAAGCUGAAAAACAUACGCACGGAACAGCGGGUGCGUCCGACGGUUGUGGUGAACGUUGUGUCGGCGGUAUGCAGCGAACGAAACAAUCUGACGAAAGUUAGCCUAGAGGUGUCGGUUAGCGUUCCGGCACUGUUCGUAUAUCUACAGCUAACGCCGGAAAACAGCACCCUCAAACAGUGUCAGUUUUCGCACAAUGGCUUUUUACAGUUUCAACCGAUACGCACGGUACGGCUGACGUGCGUCGAUCCGGGCUGUCGCAACAAGAUACAGGCACGGGACAUAACGAUCCGAACGGUUAAUGAUCUAUUAGUGCGCUAAACCGAUAAAGGACCUGGUCAGGAGGAGGGUUAGAAAUGUUUCUUGUUUACUACACACUAGAGAUGUGCACACUGAGUAAGAGUGAGUGAGUCAGUUGAAUCGUGCAUAGGAGUUAAUGGUUUCAACUCAGCAUAAGGAGACUCUUUUCACUCUCUCACUCACUCUCUGUGCCAGCUAAUGACUCACUCUUUUCCGUUUCAACUCACGCAAUAAAAGUGAGUCAGUAUAACCCCAAGAGUGAGUGAAUAAAAACCCCGAGGAGUGAGUCAUUAGUCGGCAGAGAGUGAGAGUGAGUAAAAACUUCAAGGAGAAUAAUUAAAGGAUUAGUUUAGAGCAAUAUUUUUAUGACUCGCAAAAGAGUGAGUGAAAAGAUUCAACUCCUUAUAACGCCUCUUUCACUCUGUUUCAACUCGCUGAAAAGAGUGAGUAUUCUCAUCGCAACUACACACAUUUAUACAUACAAGGUACAUUUAUACACGUGGUCGUUUUAAAAAAAGAAACGAAUUAUUAUAUUUAUAUUUCUAUAUUAGCUACAUCUAAACCAACAAAGUUUAUAGUAAAUUAUGCGUGUUCGUUUCCGUUAAUUUACAAACUCCUUUCUUUUGUUUUUUUUUCUUGCCUGCACGCGUCAUUCUUUUUUCAUUUGUUCAACUUUAUCCCAUUUUCAAUUGCAUUCCAUUGAACGGUUGCCUGUUCUCUGUGUUUCUCUCUUUCUAUCUCUAUCUGGAGAAAUUUUCCAUUUUCAAUCCCUUAUAACAUUCCGCACACCGGUUUAUAAUCGUGGGCAUUACAUGUUAGAAAAGAAAACAAAAUUAUAAAUAUCCGUUUUUUUUGUCCCUGUCGCGGCUUCUGCUGGCACAGCGACUCCGGUAUGUUUAGCAAUGCUUUUGGUGCAACACACCACGUGUAAAAGCACUAGGUACUUUCGCUCUACACGGUAUAUGGUAUAGUAUCUAAUCACAUAAGAAACAUCGCCGUGUGUGCAACCGUGGAAUAAAGCAUAAAACGAAAUAAACGUCACAAUCGAUAAACGAGA